AUGGGAAUUCAAGCAGCUGUGGAGUCAAAAAUCAAAGUUCUCAAAGUGUAUGGUGACUCAGCCUUGGUCAUCCAUCAGUUGAAAGAGGAAUGGGAGACUCGGGAUGCAAAGUUGAUUCCUUACCAAGCCUACGUCAAAGAAUUGAUAGAGUAUUUUGAUGAGAUUACCUUCCAACAUAUUCCUCAUGAGGAUAAUCAACUGACUGAUGCUUUAGCCACUUUGUCGUCAAUAUUUGUAAUAAGUCAAAAUGUGGAUAUGCCACUUAUAAAAAUGCGACAACAUGAUCGGCUAGCUUACUGUCAGAUGAUCGAAGGGGAAUCCGAUGGUAAACUAUGGUACCAUGACAUUAAGAGUUAUCUGAAAAACCAAGAGUACCCAUUGAAUGCUACUAAUAAUGACAAAAGAACACUAAGGAGAUUAGCAAUGAAUUUCUUCUUAAAUGGAGAAUUGCUCUAG